AAACAGCUUCUCCCGAUAAACAUAAAGACAUUGUAUCUAAACAAAAAGACGAUGGCAGCAUUGAACUUGAUGAUACAAUAUGUAAGGAAUUGAUUGCUACUAAGGAAGAAAUUAUUGAUACGAUUAAAGAGAAAAUUACUCAUCCGAAACUCCAAUUACCCGAUCUUUCAUCAAGUCUUGCAACCGCAGUUAACCUUUCAUAUCUGGAAAAUGCAGCGUCAAAAUAUAAAGGUGAUUGGGUAGAUAAAUAUAAUAAAGCUCGUGACUAUCUUUCCAAACAAAUUGGUGAUGCCGAUGCUGAAAAAGAAUUAUUAGAUUGUGCUGAUGAGUUUGUAGUUGAAAAAACUACAUAUAAAGUGAUUGACGAAAAGAAACGAGAUGUAAUUGAUCUUAAGAAAGAUGAAAUACCGAAAGAAGAAAAAUCUAAAGCUAAAGUUAAAAGCUUUAUUGGUACUCUUUAUGAUGGUGCUGCUAAACUUGAAGAUCAAAUUGAAAAAGCCCUUGGGUUUGAUCAAGAUAAAGAUAAACUUGAUGAUUAUGAGAAAGCGGAAGCACUCAUAGUCGUUGAGGAAGCAGCCUCCCCCGAAAAAUGCAAAGAAAUCGUCGCUGAUCAAAAAGAUGAUGGCUGUAUUGAAUUAAAAGAUACUGUUUGUGACGAACUAGAUGCACCUAAAGAAGAAAUUAUUAAGACAAUUCAAAAGAACAUUACUAAUCCGAAACUCAAAUUACCCGAGUCAAGUCUUGCAACUGCUAUUAAUCUUUCAUACCUUAAGAAAGCUGCACCUAAACACGAAGGUGUAUGGAAAGACAAAGCUGACAAAGCUCGUAAAUAUCUCUCGGACCAAAUAGGAGAUAAAGAUGCAGAAAAAGAACUUGAAGAAUGUGCGGAUAAUUAUGUAGUUGAUAAUUGCGUUAAGAAGGUGAUUAAAAAUAAAAAGAGAAAUGCUGUCGUUACGGUGCAGGAGUCUGCCACACCAGAAAAAUGUGAUGACAUAGUAUCUGAUCAAAAGGAUGACGGAUCUAUUGAAGUUAGUGAGACAAUUUGUAAAGAAAUAGACGUUCUAGUUACAGAUGUAGUACCUGAAGUGAAAGAAUGUACAGAAAAUCCAAAGCUUAAAUCUCCAGAAUCAGAACCAUGGUGGAAGACAGGACUUGCCACUAGCUACCUUAAUAUCGCCGCACCACAUCAUAAAAACCAAUGGGAAGAUAAAUCUAAAAAAGCUAAUGAAUUUCUUUCCAAACAAAUUGGAGAUGCUGAUGCUGAAAAAGAAUUAAAAGAUUGCACUGAUAAAUAUGUCGUUGAUAAUAUUGCUAAAAAAGUUGAAAAAGAUCAUAAGAGAACAGCUGCAAUUGUUGUUAUUCAAGAAAGAGCUUCUCCCGAUAAACAUAAGGAAAUUGUGUCUAAUCAAAAAGAAGAUGGCAGCAUUAAACUAGAUAACUCAGUAUGCAAGGAGUUAGAUACUCCUAAAGAAGAAAUUAUCAAGACCGUUAGAAAGAAUCUUACUAAUAAGAAACUUCAGUCACCCGAAUUUUCAUCGAGUCUUGAAACUGCUAUUAAUCUUUCAUAUCUGAAAAAUGCUGCGCCUAAAUAUAAAGGUGAUUGGGUAGACAAAUAUAAUAAAGCUCGUGAAUAUCUUUCUAAACAAAUUGGAGAUGCUGAUGCUGAAAAAGAAUUGUUGGAAUGUGCCGAUAAGUAUGUAGUAGAUAAAGCAGCGGAUAAAGUGAUUAAGGAACAUAAAAAAGAUGUAAUUGAUCUUAAGAAAGGUGAAAAACCUAAGGAUACAUCCUUUUUCAGCUCUAUUUAUGAAUCGGCUGCUAAACUUGGAGAAAAUAUUGAAAAAGCCCUUGGAUAUGAUAGAAGUAAACCUAAAGACUAUGAGAAAGCGGAAGCAAUUACUAUUGUUCAGGACUCGGCCUCUCCUGAAAAAUGCAAAGAAAUCGUCGCGGAUCAAAAAGAAGAUGGAAGCAUUGAAUUAAGUGAUACAGUUUGUGACGAACUAGAUGCUCCUAAAGAAGAAGUUAUUAAGACAAUUAAAAAGAACAUUACGAAUAAGAAGCUUCAAUCACCCGAAUUCUCAUCAAGUCUUGCAACUGCAGUUAAUCUUUCAUACCUUAAGAAAGCUGCAUCUAAGCAUGAGGGUGAAUGGAAAGAUAAAUAUAAUAAAGCCCGUGAAUAUCUCUCAAAACAAAUAGGAGAUAAAGAUGCCGAAAAGGAACUUGAAGAAUGCGCGGAUAAUUAUGUAGUUGAUAAUUGUAUUAAGAAGGUGAUUAAAAAUAAAAGGAGAAAUUCAGUUCGUAAGGCGCAAGAAUCUGCCACACCAGAAAAAUGCGAUGACAUAGUGUCUAGUCAAAAGGAUGACGGAUCUAUUGAAGUUAGUGAGACAAUUUGUAAAGAAUUAGACGUUCCAGUUACCGUUGUAGUAUCUGAAGUGAAAAAAUGUACACAAAAUCCGAAGCUUAGAUCUCCAGAAUCAGAAUCAUGGUGGAAGACAGCACUUGCAGUUAGCUACUUUGAUGUCGCUGCACCAAAACAUAAAAAGCCAUUGGAAGAUAAAUAUAAUAAAGCUCGUGAAUACCUUUCUAAACAGAUUGGAGAUGAGGAUGCUGCAAAAGAAUUAUUAGAUUGCACAGACCAAUAUAUAGUUGAUAACAUUACUAAAAAGGUUGAGAAAGAUCUUAAAAAAGAAGCUGCAAUUGCUAUAGUUCAAGAAUCAGCUUCUCCCGAUAAACAUAAAGAAAUUGUAUCUCAACAAAAAGACGAUGGCAGCAUUGAAAUUGAUGAUUCAAUAUGUAAGGAAUUGCAUGCUCCUAAAGAUGAAAUUAUCGAUACAAUUAAAGAGAAAGUUACUAAUCCAAAACUCAAAUUACCUGAGCAUAAAUCAAGUCUUGCAACUGCAAUUAACCUUUCAUAUCUGAAAAAUGCAGCGCCUAAAUAUAAAGAUGACUGGGAAGACAAAUAUAAUAAAGCCCGUGAAUAUCUCUCAAAACAAAUAGGAGAUAAAGAUGCCGAAAAAGAACUUGAAGAAUGUGCUGAUGAAUAUGUAAUUGAUAAAACUACAGUUAAAGUAAUUGAGGAAAAGAAACAAGAAAUAAUUGAUCAAAAUAAAGAUGAAAUACCGAAAGUAGAAGAACCUAAAGCUAAAGCUAAAAGCUUUAUCGCUGCAAUCUAUGACGGUGCUGUUAAACUUGAAGAUCAAAUUGAAAAAACCCUUGGGUUUAAUCAAGAUAAAGAUAAACUUGAUGAUCAUGAGAAAGCGGAAGCACUCAUAGUUAUUGAGGAAGCAGCCUCUCCUGAGAAAUGCAAAGAAAUCGUUGCGGAUCAAAAAGAUGAUGGUUGUAUUGAAUUAAAAGAUACUGUUUGUGACGAACUAGAUGCACCCAAAGAAGAAAUUGUUAAGACAAUUCAACCAAAGCUUCAACAUAAGAAGCUUCAACAAUUACCCAAUCUUCCAUCAAUUCUUGAAACUGCUAUUAAUCUUUCAUACCUUAAGAAAGCUGCUCCUAAACAUGAAGGUGUAUGGAAAGACAAAGCUGACAAAGCUCAUGAAUAUAUCUCAGACCAAAUAAAAGAUAAAGAUGCAGAAAAAGAACUUGAAGAAUGUGCGGAUAAUUAUGUAGUUGAUAAUUGCGUUAAGAAGGUGAUUAAAGAUAAAAAGAGAAAUGCUGUCGUUACGGUGCAGGAGUCUGCCACACCAGAAAAAUGCGAUGAUAUAGUAUCUAAUCAAAAGGACGACGGAUCCUUUGAAGUUAGUGAGACAAUCUGUAAAGAAAUAGACAUUCCAGCUACCAAAGUAGUAAAUGAUGUAAAAAAAUGUUCACAAAAUCCAAAGCUUAGAUCACCAGAAUCCGAACCAUGGUGGAAGACAGGACUUGCUACUAGCUACCUUAAUAUUGCCGCACCACAUCAUAAAAAACAAUGGGAAGAUAAAUCUAAGAAAGCUCAAGAAUAUCUCGCUAAAGAAAUUAAAAAUCCUGAUGCUGAAAAAGAAUUAAUAGAUUGCACUGAUAAAUAUGUCGUUGAUAACCUUACUAAAAAGGUUGAAAAAGAUCAUAAGAAAGAUGCUGCAAUUGCUGUUGUUAAAGAAACAGCUUCUCCCGAUAAACAUAAAGACAUUGUAUCUAAACAAAAAGACGAUGGCAGCAUUGAACUUGAUGAUACAAUAUGUAAGGAAUUGCUUGCUCCUAAGGAAGAAAUUAUUGAUACGAUUAAAGAGAAAGUUACUAAUCCAAAACUCAAAUUACCUGAGCAUAAAUCAAGUCUUGCAACUGCAGUUAACCUUUCAUAUCUGAAAAAUGCAGCGUCUAAAUAUAAAGGUGAUUGGGUAGAUAAAUAUAAUAAGGCUCGUGACUAUCUUUCUAAACAAAUUGGUGAUGCCGAUGCUGAAAAAGAAUUAAUAGAUUGUGCUGAUGAGUUUGUAGUUGAAAAAACUACAUAUAAAGUGAUUGACGAAAAGAAACGAGAUGUAAUUGAUCUCAUGAAAGAUGAAAUACCUAAAGUAGAAGAACCUAAAGCUAAAGCUAAAAGCUUUAUCGGUGCUAUCUAUGACAAUGCUGUUAAACUUGAAGAUCAAAUUGAAAAAGCUCUUGGGUUUGAUAAAGAUAAAGAUAAACCUGAUGAUCAUGAGAAAGCGGAAGCACUCAUAGUCGUUGAGGAAGCAGCCUCUCCUGAGAAAUGCAAAGAAGUCGUCGCGGAUCAAAAAGAUGAUGGUUGUAUUGAAUUAAAAGAUACAGUUUGUGAUGAAUUGGAUGCACCCAAAGAAGAAAUCAUUAAGACAAUUCAACCAAAGCUUCAACAUAAGAAGCUUCAACAAUUACCCAAUCUUCCAUCAAUUCUUGAAACUGCUAUUAAUCUUUCAUACCUUAAGAAAGCUGCUCCUAAACAUGAAGGUGUAUGGAAAGACAAAGCUGACAAAGCACGUAAAUAUCUCUCAGACCAAAUAGCAGAUAAAGAUGCAGAAAAAGAACUUGAAGACUGUGCGGAUAAUUAUGUAGUUGAUAAUUGCGUUAAGAAGGUGAUUAAAGAUAAAAAGAGAAAUGCAGUCGAAACGGUGCAGGAGUCUACCACACCAGAAAAAUGCGAUGACAUAGUAUCUAAUCAAAAGGACGACGGAUCCUUUGAAGUUAGUGAGACAAUUUGUAAAGAAAUAGACGUUCCAGUUACCAAAGUAGUAAAUGAUGUAAAAAAAUGUUCACAAAAUCCAAAGCUUAGAUCACCAGAGUCAGAACCAUGGUGGAAGACAGGACUUGCUACUAGCUACCUUAAUAUUGCCGCACCACAUCAUAAAAAACAAUGGGAAGAUAAAUCUAAGAAAGCUCAAGAAUAUCUCGCUAAAGAAAUUAAAAAUCCUGAUGCUGAAAAAGAAUUAAUAGAUUGCACUGAUAAAUAUGUCGUUGAUAACCUUACUAAAAAGGUUGAAAAAGAUCAUAAGAAAGAUGCUGCAAUUGCUGUUGUUAAAGAAACAGCUUCUCCCGAUAAACAUGAAGAAAUUGUAUCUAAACAAAAAGACGAUGGUAGCAUUGAGCUUGAUGACUCAAUAUGUAAGGAAUUGCAUGCUCAUAAAGAAGAAAUUAUUGAUACAGUUAAAGAGAAAGUUACUAAUCCAAAACUCAAAUUACCUGAGCAUAAAUCAAGUCUCGCAACUGCAGUUAACCUUUCAUAUCUAAAAAAUGCAGCGUCUAAAUAUAAAGGUGAUUGGGUAGAUAAAUAUAAUAAAGCCCGUGACUAUCUUUCUAAACAAAUUGGUGAUGCCGAUGCUGAAAAAGAAUUAUUGGAUUGUGCUGAUGAGUUUGUAGUUGAGAAAACUACAUAUAAAGUGAUUGACGAAAAGAAACGAGAUGUAAUUGAUCUUAAGAAAGAUGAAAUACCAAAAGUAGAAGAACCUAAAGCUAAAGUUAAAAGCUUUAUCGCUGCUAUCUAUGACGAUGCUGUUAAACUUGAAGAUCAAAUUGAAAAAACCCUUGGGUUUAAUCAAGAUAAAGAUAAACUUGAUGAUCAUGAGAAAGCGGAAGCACUCAUAGUUGUUGAGGAAGCAGCCUCUCCUGAGAAAUGUAAAGAAAUCGUCGCGGAUCAAAAAGAUGAUGGUUGUAUUGAAUUAAAAGAUACUGUUUGUAACGAACUGGAUGCACCUAAAGAAGAAAUUAUUAAGACAAUUCAACCAAAGCUUAAAAAUCAGAAGCUUCAAUUACCCAAUCUUCCAUCAAUUCUUGAAACUGCCAUUAAUCUUUCAUACCUUAAGAAAGCUGCACCUAAACAUAAAGAUAAAUGGGAAGACAAAGCUGACAAAGCUCGUAAAUAUCUCUCUGACCAAAUAGGAGAUAAAGAUGCAGAAAAAGAACUUGAAGAAUGUGCGGAUAAUUAUGUAGUUGAUAAUUGCAUUAAAAAGGUAAUUAAAGAUAAAAAGAGAAAUGCAGUCGUUACGGUGCAGGAAUCUACCACACCAGAAAAAUGCAAUGAAAUAGUGUCUGAUCAAAAGGAUGACGGAUCCUUUGAAGUUAGCGAGACAAUUUGUAAAGAAAUAGACAUUCCAGCUAUCAAAGUAGUAAAUGAUGUAAAAAAAUGUUCACAAAAUCCAAAACUUAGAUCACCAGAAUCAGAACCAUGGUGGAAGACAGGACUUGCCACUAGCUACCUUAAUAUCGCCGCACCAAAUCAUAAAAACCAAUGGGAAGAUAAACAUGAUAAAGCUCGUAAAUACCUUUCUGAACAAAUCAACGAUGCAGAACUUGAAAAAGAAAUAUUAGAUUGCACUGAUAAAUAUGUCGUUGAUAACAUUACUAAAAAGGUUGAAAAAGAUCAUAAGAAAGAUGCUGCAAUUGCUGUUGUUAAAGAAACAGCUUCUCCCGAUAAACAUAAAGACAUUGUAUCUAAACAAAAAGACGAUGGUAGCAUUGAACUUGAUGAUGAAAUAUGUAAGGAAUUGCAUGCUCCUAAAGAUGAAAUUAUUGAUACAGUUAAAGAGAAAGUUACUAAUCCAAAACUUAAAUUACCUGAGCAUAAAUCAAGUCUCGCAACUGCAGUUAACCUUUCAUAUCUAAAAAAUGCAGCGUCUAAAUAUAAAGGUGAUUGGGUAGAUAAAUAUAAUAAAGCUCGUGACUAUCUUUCUAACAAAAUUGGUGAUGCCGCUGCUGAAAAAGAAUUAUUAGAUUGUGCUGAUGAGUUUGUAGUUGAAAAAACUACAUAUAAAGUGAUUGACGAAAAGAAACGAGAUGUAAUUGAUCUUAAGAAAGAUGAAAUACCGAAAGAAGAACCUAAAGCUAAAGCUAAAAGCUUUUUCGGUAUUAUCUAUGACAAUGCUGUUAAACUUGAAGAUCAAGUUGAAAAAGCCCUUGGAUUUGAUAAAGAUAAACUUGAUGAUCAUGAGAAAGCGGAAGCACUCAUAAUCGUUGAGGAAGCAGCCUCUCCUGAGAAAUGCAAAGAAAUCGUCGCGGAUCAAAAAGAUGAUGGUUGUAUUGAAUUAAAAGAUACAGUUUGUGAUGAAUUGGAUGCACCCAAAGAAGAAAUUAUUAAGACAAUUCAACCAAGGAUUCAAGAUAAGAAGCUUCAACAAUUACCCAAUCUUCCAUCAAUUCUUGAAACAGCUAUUAAUCUUUCAUACCUUAAGAAAGCUGCACCUAAACAUGAAGGUGUAUGGAAAGGCAAAGCUGACAAAGCUCGUGAAUAUCUCUCAGACCAAAUAAAAGAUAAACAUGCCGAAAAAGAACUUGAAGAAUGUGCGGAUAAUUAUGUAGUUGAUAAUUGCGUUAAGAAGGUGAUUAAAGAUAAAAAGAGAAAUGCAGUCGUUACGGUGCAGGAGUCUAUUACACCAGAAAAAUGUGAUGACAUUGUAUCUAAUCAAAAGGAAGACGGGUCUAUUGAAGUUAUUGAGACAAUUUGUAAAGAAAUAGACGUUCCAGCUACUAAAGUAGUAACUGAAGUGAAAAAAGGUACACAAAAUAAGAAACUUAGAUCACCCGAAUCAGAACCAUGGUGGAAGACAGCACUUUCUCUUAGCUACCUUAAUAUCGCCGCACCACAGCAUAAAAAACAAUGGGAAGAUAAACAUGAUAAAGCUCGUAAAUACCUUUCUGAACAAAUUGGAGAUGAUGAUGCUGCAAAAGAAUUAUUAGACUGCACUGAUAAAUACGUCGUUGAUAAUAUUGCUAAAAAGGUUGAAAAAGAUCAUAAGAAAGAUGUUGCAAUUGUUGUUGUUCAAGAAUCAGCUUCUCCUGAUAAACAUAAAGACAUUGUAUCUAAACAAAAAGACGAUGGUAGCAUUGAACUUGAUGAUGAAAUAUGUAAGGAAUUGCAUGCUCCUAAAGAUGAAAUUAUUGAUACAGUUAAAGAGAAAGUUACUAAUCCAAAACUUAAAUUACCUGAGCAUAAAUCAAGUCUCGCAACUGCAGUUAACCUUUCAUAUCUAAAAAAUGCAGCGUCUAAAUAUAAAGGUGAUUGGGUAGAUAAAUAUAAUAAAGCUCGUGACUAUCUUUCUAAACAAAUUGGUGAUGUCGAUGCUGAAAAAGAAUUAUUAGAUUGUGCUGAUGAGUUUGUAGUUGAGAAAACUACAGUUAAAGUGAUUGACGAAAAGAAACGAGAUGUAAUUGAUCUCAAGAAAGAUGAAAUACCGAAAGAAGAAAAACCUAAAGCUAAAGCUAAAAGCUUUAUCGGUACUAUCUAUGACAAUGCUGUUAAACUUGAAGAUCAAAUUGAAAAAGCCCUUGGAUUUGAUAAAGAUAAAAAACCUGAUGAUCAUGAGAAAGCGGAAGCACUUAUAGUUGUUGAGGAAGCAGCCUCUCCCGAAAAAUGUAAAGAAAUCGUCGCGGAUCAAAAGGAUGAUGGUUGUAUUGAAUUAAACGAUACAGUUUGUGAUGAAUUGGAUGCCCCCAAAGAAGAAAUUGUUAAGACAAUUCAACAAAAGCUUCAAAAUAAGAAGCUUCAACAAUUACCCAAUCGUUCAUCAAUUCUUGGAACUGCUAUUAAUCUUUCAUACCUUAAGAAAGCUGCACCUAAACACAAAGGUGUAUGGAAUGACAAAGCUGAAAAAGCUCGUGAAUAUCUCUCAGACCAAAUAAAAGAUAAAGAUGCAGAAAAAGAACUUGAAGAAUGUGCGGAUAAUUAUGUAGUUGAUAAUUGUGUUAAGAAGGUGAUUAAAGAUAAAAAGAGAAAUGCAGUCGUUACGGUGCAAGAGUCUACCACACCAGAAAAAUGUGAUGACAUAGUAUCUAAACAAAAGGAUGACGGCUCUUUUGAAGUUAUUGAGACAAUUUGUAAAGAAAUAGACGUUCCAGCUACUGAUGUAGUAAAUGAAGUGAAGGAAUGUACAGAAAAUCCAAAGCUUAAAUCACCAGAAUCAGAACCAUGGUGGAAGACAGGACUUGCCACUAGCUACCUUAAUAUCGCCGCACCACAUCAUAAAAACAAAUGGGAAGAUAAAUCGAAGAAAGCUCAAGAAUACCUCGCUAAAGAAAUUAAAAAUCCUGAUACUGAAAAAGAAUUAAUAGAUUGCACUGAUAAAUAUGUCAUUGAUAAUAUUGCUAAAAAGGUUGAAAAAGAUCAUAAGAAAGAUGCUGCAAUUACUGUUAUUCAAGAUUCAGCUUCCCCCGAUAAACAUAAAGACAUUGUAACUAAACAAAAAGAUGAUGGCAGCAUUCAACUAGAUGACACAGAAAAUAUAAUUGAUACAAUUAAAAAUAACAUUACUCAUCCCAAACUUCAAUUGCCCCAACUUCCAUCAAUUCUUGAAACUGCUUUAAAUCUCUCAUAUCUGAAAAAUGCUGCGCCUAAACAUAAAGGUGAUUGGGUAGACAAAUAUAAUAAAGCUCGUGAUUACAUUUCUAAACAGAUUGGAGAUGCUGAUGCCGAAAAAGAAUUGUUAGAUUGUACUGAUAAUUAUGUAGUUGAUAAAGCAACGGAUAAAGCGAUUGAGGACCAUAAAAAGGAUGUAGUUGACGUUGUAACCGAACAAAUUAGCAAACAUGAUGCUCUUGCUACGGCUCAAGAAUCGGCCUCUCCUGAUAAGUGUAAAGAAAUUGUAUCUAAUCAAAAAGAUGAUGGUUCCAUUGAAUUAGGUGAUACAGUAUGCGAUGAAUUAGCUGUUCCUAAAGAAGAAAUUAUCCCCACGAUCCAAGAGAAAGUCACUCACGAGAAGCUCAAAUCAUCACCCCCGUCAUUAUUCUCAACUGCUAUCGUUCUUUCUUAUCUUAAAAAACUCGCACCUAAACAUAAAGACCAUUGGAAAGACCAAUAUGAUAAAGCAUGUGACUAUAUCUCUAAAACAGUAGGUGAUGCUGAUGCUGAAAAGGAAUUAUUAGACUGCACUGAUAAACAUGUAAUUGAUAAAGCAAUUGAAAAAGUGCAACAAGAAGAUGAACCAAUCGCCAAACAUUACAAGACGACCCAAACUCUUAUUCUCGAUAAACAUAUCGAGGACAUCAUUUCAGAUAAAGAACCAGAUCAAAAGGAAAAGGAAGCCGCAUUUAUCACUAUUCAGGAUCGUGUUACUCCCGAACACGUGAUGAUGGUUGUAUCGAACUAA